AUGGCAAAACCAGGUUUUUUGUCGUUCCUUGCCAUUUCUUUGAUUCUCAUGCUUAGCAUGAUCCUAUCCUCUGGGGCUGCAGAGGAAGAUAGAAAGGUUUACAUUGCAUACUUGGGAUCACUACCCGAAGGAGAAUACUUUCCAUCAUCUCACCAUUCCAGUAUGCUCCAAGCAGUUUUUAAACAGAGCUCCGUGGCAAAUUACUUAAUCAGAAGUUACAGUAGGAGCUUCAACGGAUUUGCCGCCAAGCUCACUAACGAAGAGGCAAACAAACUUGCAAGCAUGAAAGGAGUGGUCUCUGUUUUUCCAAGUAAAGUUUAUCACCUUCAAACAACAAGAUCAUGGGAUUUCAUGGGAUUCAAUAAGACUGCUAAACGUAAUCGGACUGUUGAGAGCGAUGUCAUUAUUGGCGUUAUUGAUACGGGAAUCUGGCCCGAGUCGGAAAGCUUCAGCGAUGAAGGCUUUAGUCCUCCUCCCAAAAAGUGGAAGGGUUCUUGCAAGGGUGGCCAAAAUUUUACUUGUAACAAUAAGCUGAUUGGGGCUCGACUUUACAACUUAGAUUUAGCUGUAGGAGAUUCUGUCAGGGAUACAGAGGGUCAUGGAACUCAUACCGCGUCUACUGCAGCGGGGAACAAUGUAGAGAAUGCAAGUUUCUUUGGAUUGGCUAAAGGCACUGCGAGGGGAGGGGUUCCUUCUGCAAGGAUUGCUGCAUAUAAAGUAUGCAGUGCAGCAGGAUGUGGUGAAGCGGAUAUCUUGGCCGCUUUCGAUGAUGCUAUUGCUGAUGGAGUUGACCUUAUAACAAUUUCAAUAGGAACACCAUUUUCAUUAGAAUUUUACCAGGACUCUGUAGCCAUUGGUGCUUUUCAUGCAGCUGAGAAAGGAAUACUUACCAUGCAAUCAGCAGGCAAUGCCGGUACAUCAGGACUAGGGUCAGUGUCAAGUGUAGCACCAUGGAUACUUUCUGUUGCAGCAAGCAGCACGGAUCGCCUAUUUGUUGACAAGGUUGUUCUGGGGAAUGGCACGACUUUAAAUGGAUUUUCAAUUCAUCCUUUCAGCCUUAAUGGAACCAAGUUUCCAUUAGUUUAUGAUACCGAUGCUGGGCUCUGCCCGGUUGGGUUCCUGAACAGUAGUUUUGUAAAGAAUAAGCUUGUCCUGUGCGAUGAUUUUGAGGGAAUUAUAGGAGCUCAGGGUGCUGGUGCUUUAGGAUCAAUUGUGGCAACUACAUUUGAUAAUGUUUCAUAUGUUGUCCCAUUUCCUGCUUCGGCUUUAAGAAUUGACGACUAUUUUUCAGUCAAGUCCUACCUGAAUUCCACCAAGCAACCUAAAGCGGAAAUAUUAAAAAGUGAAACCAUUAAAGAUUCUGCUGCUCCAAUGGUUGCUCCCUUCUCUUCACGGGGCCCUAAUUUCAUUGUACCAGAUAUUCUAAAGCCGGAUAUAAGUGCCCCUGGAGUGGAUAUCUUGGCUGCAUAUUCACAAGUUGCUUCACCUUCAGAUACACCAACAGACAAGAGGCGAGUUAAAUACAGUUUUAUAUCUGGAACCUCCAUGGCUUGUCCUCAUGCUGCCGGUGUAGCUGCUUAUGUUAAAACAUUUCACCCCGAUUGGUCUCCUUCAGCCAUCAAAUCUGCUAUCAUGACUACCGCUUGGCCAAUGGAUCGGUCCAAUAAUCCAGAUCGUGAAUUUGGUUAUGGAUCUGGACAUCUCAACCCUGUAGAAGCUAUCAAUCCUGGUCUUGUAUAUGAAGCUGUUAAAGGGGACUACAUAAGACUUUUGUGCAGCAUUGGAUAUGAUGAAGGCAAAGUUAGACAAAUAACAGGGGAUAACAGCUCUUGCCCUGACACUUCCAAAAAAAUGCUGCCAAGGGAUUUGAAUUAUCCUUCACUCACAGCUAAAGUUCCAGUAGGCAAGUCUUUCACAGUCGUUUUUCAUAGAAGAGUUACAAAUGUUGGUGUAGCAAGAUCUACUUACAAGGUAAAAGUCUCUUCCAACUCGAAACUUAAGGUCAAAGUGAUUCCUGAAGUUCUGUCCUUCAAGUCCUUAAAGGAGAAGAAGUCAUAUAAUGUCACUGUUACCGGAGAAGCUUUGGGUGGAACAACCAUGUUGUCUACAUCAUUGGUAUGGUCAGAUGGAACUCACAGUGUAAGAAGUCCAAUUGUUGUAUACACAUUUGUAGAUGCCCAAAGGAGUGUCAGCAUCCCAUGAUUAUUUAUCCUGUAAACUUGUUGUACAACCUGCAAGCAUGUCAUGGCUCCCAGUUUAUGUUACAAUCAAAUUUCAUGCAAUGCAUUAAUAAUAGUCACAUUUUCGAGUC